AUGGCCUGGGCUCGCUGGGGCCGCUGCCCGUGGCUUAUCCUCCUCUGCGUUUGUGCCUGGGGCCACCCAAAGCCAGAAGAACUUGGAAGAGAGGAUGUGAGAGACUGUUCCACCAGCCCCCCGUACCUUCCAGUUACGGCGGUCAAUACCACAGCUCGGCUCACAGCCCUGCGCCAGCAGAUGCAGACAAGGAACAUCUCUGCCUACAUCAUCCCCGAGGCAGAUGCCCACAUGAGUGAGUACAUCGGCGACUCUGAUAAGAGGCGUGCAUGGAUGUCAGGAUUCACAGGGUCUGCAGGGACCGCAGUGGUGACCAUGGGGAAAGCAGCUCUCUGGACAGACAGUCGCUACUGGACCCAGGCUGAGCGGCAGAUGGACUGCAAUUGGGAGCUCCAUAAGGAAGUUGGCACCUCCCCCAUUGCCACCUGGAUCCUUGAUGAGAUUCCUGCUGGAGGGCUUGUGGGCUUCGACCCCUUCCUCUUCUCCAUUGGCUCCUGGGAGAGUUAUAAUGUGGCCCUCCAAGGCUUUGACAGACGGCUGGUGUCCAUCACCACCAACCUCGUGGACCAGGUGUGGGGGUCAGAGAGACCUCCGGUUCCCAGCGAGCCUAUUUAUGCCCUGCAGCAGGAAUUCACAGGGAGCAGCUGGCAGGACAAGGUAGCUAACAUCCGCACCCAGAUGAAGAAUCAUCGCAAGAACCCAACUGCUGUCCUUCUGUCCGCGCUUGAUGAGACGGCCUGGCUCUUCAACCUGCGGGGCAAGGACAUUCCCUAUAACCCCUUCUUCUAUUCCUACACACUGCUUACCCAGAAGGACAUCAGGCUAUUUGUAAAUAAGAGUCGAUUGAACCCCGAGACCCUGCAGUACCUGAACUCCAGCUGCAAGGAGGCCAUGUGUGUUCAAAUCGAGGAGUACAGCCAGGUCCGCAAUGCCAUCCAGGCCUACACCUCAGAAGACGUGCGGGUCUGGAUCGGGACCAGCUAUACAACGUACGGGCUCUAUGAAGUGAUCCCCAGGGAGAAGGUCGUACCAGACACGUACUCCCCAGUGAUGAUAAACAAGGCAGUGAAAAACAGCAAGGAGCAGGACCUGCUCAGGGCCACCCACGUGCGGGACGCCGUGGCCGUGAUCCGUUACCUGUCCUGGCUGGAGCAGAACGUGCCCAAAGGCACCGUGAACGAGUUCUCAGGGGCAGAACUGGUGGAAAAGUUCAGAGGAGAAGAAAGUUUCUCCUCUGGCCCCAGUUUUGAAACCAUCUCUGCCAGUGGCCUGAAUGCUGCUCUGGCCCACUACAGCCCAACCAAGGAGCAGAACCGCAAGCUGUCCACCGGUGAGAUGUACCUGCUGGAUUCUGGGGGACAAUACUGGGACGGAACCACAGACAUCACCAGAACAGUCCAUUGGGGUACCCCCUCUGCUUUCCAAAAGGAGGCGUAUACUCGUGUGUUAAUGGGAAACAUUGAUCUGUCCAGACUCAUCUUUCCUGCUUCUACUUCAGGGCGAAUGGUGGAGGCCUUUGCCCGCAGAGCCUUGUGGGACGUUGGGCUCAAUUAUGGUCAUGGGACAGGACAUGGCAUUGGCAACUUCCUGGGUGUGCAUGAGUGGCCAGUGGGAUUCCAGUCUGACAACAUUGCCAUGACCAAGGGCAUGUUCACUUCUAUCGAACCUGGUUACUAUCAGGAUGGGGAAUUUGGAAUCCGUCUUGAAGAUGUGGCACUUGUGGUAGAAGCAAAGACCAAGUACCCAGGCACCUACUUGACCUUUGAAGUGGUAUCCUUGGUGCCCUAUGACCGGAACCUCAUUGAGGUCAGCCUGCUGUCCCCCGAGCAGCUCCAGUACCUGAAUGACUACCACCAGACCAUCUGGAAGAAGGUGGGCCCGGAGCUGCAGCGGCGCCAGCUACAGAAGGAGUUUGAGUGGCUGCAGAAGCAAACAGAGCCCUUGUCUGGAAGGGCCCCACGCACUGCCUCCUUGACCUCACUGGUGGCUAUCUCCUCUCUUGCCUUCCUUUCAUGGAAUGUUUAG